CUUCAAUUCUAGGAGGAACUAUGAAUUGUUGCUAAUUACAUAAUGGUUUCUUUUAAUUCCUUUCAUGUUUAUUCUUAUUUUAUUUCUUUUUGUUUAAUCUUUUAUUUCUAUUUUUUUUUUCUUUAUCUUUCACAAAUCACAUUCCAACAAGUAAGAAUAUAUUCGAGAAAAUGUCAGAAGGAACAAAGUACAUGAUUAAUGCUUUCACUAGUUUCUGAGACAUAGAUGUUGUAAUUGAAUUGCCAAAUGGAACCUUCAAUUUUACAGUAACUUUUGGCAGUAGUAGUACCUUCAGGAUUCUACAAUUUCAGUGAAAUUCUUGAAAGCCAUGGUUCAAAACUUGGUGGAUAAUUGGCCCAUCCUUACACGCUUCUCCACUUAAAUAUCAAGAGACUUUAGUCUGCAGUAGAAUGCAAUCCUAUGACGUGCGCUUAACCCACAUAUCACUUGUUGUUCUCUUACCACUAGACCAAAUGUGGGGUUUUCAUACUUCUGAGUUGAGGCAUUCAACUCUUCCUGCUUAAAGAAGACAGUUAAUAAGCGUUAGUUGUGCAGAGAGAUGGUUAACUUGGAGCAGCCAAAGAGGAGAGUUGCCUUUGUGCUUAUUGAUGGUUUGGGAGAUGUCUCUCUACCAAGAUUUGGUUAUAGAACCCCGCUUCAAUUGGCCAAAAUACCAAAUUUGGAUGCCAUAGCAUUUGCCGGAGUUAAUGGUCUGAUGGAUCCUGUUGAAGUAGGCUUGGGUUGUGGAAGUGAUACCGCGCAUCUUUCUCUACUGGGCUAUGAACCUAGGGUAUAUUACAGAGGUAGGGGUGCAUUUGAGUCGAUGGGUGCUGGGUUAGCAAUGUCACCAGGAGAUAUUGCAUUUAAGUCAAAUUUCGCUACGCUGGAUGAGGAAACUGGAAUAGUUGUUAGCCGGAGGGCUGAUAGGCAUUUUGAAGAAGAAGGGCCAAUUCUUUGUGCAGCAUUGGAUGGAAUGAAGUUGCCCUCUUUUCCUGAAUACGAAAUUAGAGUCAGGUAUGCUACGGAGCAUAGAUGUGGAGUGGUUGUCAAGGGACCAAAAUUAAGUGGAAAUAUAUCUGGAACUGACCCAUUGAAAGACAACCGCUUACUUUUGCAAGCGAAGCCUCUUGAUGAUACAGAGGAAGCAAAGUACACAGCUGCAGUUGUCAAUGAACUAUCUAAAGAAAUUUCGCGCAUUUUGCUUGCCCAUCCAUUGAAUGCAAAGCGGGCAGCAGAAGGGAAGAGUGUUGCAAAUGUGGUUCUUUUACGGGGAUGUGGCAUUAGAAUUGAGGUUGCUCCAUUUGAAAAGAUACAUGGUCUCUGGCCAUGCAUGGUAGCUCCUACCAAGAUUAUUGCUGGCUUGGGUUUGUCACUCGGGAUUGAUAUUCUGGAAGCUCCUGGAGCGACAGGAGACUAUAGGACAUUAUUAACAUCAAAAGCAACUGCCAUAGCCAGGGCACUCUCGGCACCUAUGCAAUCUAGUCCCAAUGUUUUUGUGCCUGGGGAAGAUGAGUACAAGCCUGGUCGAUUUGAUGGCUAUGAUUUUGGGUUCCUCCAUAUUAAGGCAAUUGACGAUGCAGGUCAUGAUAGAGCAAGUGUGUUCAAAGUGAAGGGACUGGAAGCUGUUGAUUGUGCCAUAGGACAAUUAGCUAGGCUUCUUUGGGAGGCCGAAUCAACUGGGAAAUUCAGCUAUUACCUUUGUGUCACUGGAGACCAUUCCACGCCUGUAGAAUAUGGAGAUCACAGCUUUGAACCAGUUCCAUUUGCAUUAUGUAGUUUAAAGGACUUUGUGAGUGCUUUGGGCGGAGAACCUGUCCUGUCAGGUAUUUCCCUUGAUCCAUUUCCCCUACCAUCUGUUCAAGCUGGUGAAGACCUUGAUACUGUUACAAGGACUGAAGAAGACAUAAAUAAGAAGCUUCAGUUCUUUGCUGGUGAUUCGGUUGACAAGUUCAGUGAAAUAGCAGCUGCUAGAGGUUGUCUUGGCCGGUUUCCCGGGAGUGAGAUGAUGGGAAUCAUUAAGGCAUAUCUUAAACUUGAAGCUUGAUUAAUGUAAACCUGAAGUUCAUGCCAACUGAGGUUUCAAACCAGACAUAAAAUUCACAAUAAAUUAACUUUCCUUGGAGGAGAAACAUAGCUGUAAUGCCUCGAACUUUUUAUAAAUGGAGUACUGUGUUUUUUCUCAACCUAA